CGCCCCUCAUGCUCUAAAUUGUCGCAAUUUAUUAUACGGCACAAUUUAAAUUGUAAAUUAUAAUUUUUAAUUCAAAUAUAAAAUUAUUUUUUUGAAAAAAUUGUGUUGACGAAUAUCGCUUCACCCAGGACAGAAAAUUUCCGACGGAAUAUAUUUAAAACUAGGGAUUUAUUUACCUGGUAAAUAUUUUCAAAAGAUAUGGCUUCCUCUUGUCCCGGACUCUCUGACGAUAUCAAGGAAAUUGUUAUCGAACAUCGCAAAAAUGUGGUAAAGUAUAAUCCAAAGUUGGCCGAAACGGUUGGACUCCUCCGAGUUAGGAAAGAGCUGUGCGGAAAACCUCCAGAUUAUUGGCGAGAAAACGAACCGGUUGUUCGCGACGACAUUUCUGGCCUAGAACCGAUCACUUUCAAGGAGAUGAAACCCGACAUUGUCUACAAAGGACGGAUUAUGCAUCUGACAAAUGUUGAUAUCCCGAUGCAUUUUGAAUUUGAGUCGGCUGACACUUUUACUACCCAACAUGUUAGCGCUGUUCUUCUUCUCCAGGACGGGAAUGGGGACGUCAAUCGGGGAUUUGUUUACAACUAUGUGCUACCAACACUGAUUUGGGAGUAUGAAGACUUUGACGAAAUCGCAAAAAUGGGAGACGUGGACGCUAACAAUGUCCAAGAUCUUUUCGGAAUUUCGUUCAAGAUUAGCGUGGCCGAUCCCGAGCUUAAAACUGGCGAGGAUGGAAAAGUCGCUCUUGUUGUCAUCCAUCCUGAAAAUUUAAUUGUGAAUAAAAUUCCACCGAAUCAAAAGAGCUGCCGUUACUGCAUGAAACAAUUUCAAGCCACUGCAAAUUCAUGCUGUGCCAGAUGUCAUGAAGCAUAUUACUGCAGCAAAGACUGUCAAUCCGAUGACUGGUACAAGAUGAAGCACAAAAUUGUCUGCAUUACAAAGGAAACUGCGGGUAAACGUGCUGUCAAAACGAAAUACAAGUUAUACCCCCAGUGGACGGUGUACCAGUUGGAGCAAUCUAUCAGAGUUGAUUUAUGCCCUUCGCUGGGGCCAAGUCAUGCCAAUCUACGCCAUGACUAUGGAUUUGCCAAGUGUGCUUCAAUCAAUGAUGAGGGCAAAUUGCUCGGACUCUAUAAGGGAAUGGUCGACAUUAUGAAGGUGGACAUGGUCAUGUUGCACAAAGCGAUGCUGGCCAACAAUUUGGAGGACUUUAUCAAGCAAUGCUUUGAAAGCUAUCCAAGCCAGAACAGAGGCGAGUAUUAUAAAAUAUUCCUGAAAAAUCCAUCCGUCGUUCGCUGGGACUAGGAAAGCCUGGUCCAGAACACAUGCAAAAAACGAUCCAUCCAUGCAAAAUGAUUCUCUUGUGGUGUUUACUUGUUCUUCUAUGUAUAUUUAAACAAAUUAUUAUUCUCCGUGUUCUCAAGUAUUUAAUUAUUUACAUAAAUUUGUAACAAGUAUUGCAAAAAACUAAUUGAAAUUAAAUAAUUUACGAAUCCUGA